UCCAAAUUAUUUACAAAAAUACAAAAGAUUUCCCCUGCAGUACUACUGCAAACCCGGAAAUUAACAAGUUCAGUACUACAUAAUUAUAUGUAUACGUAUACACUUGAACAUCUAAAGCACAAGCUAUAACUUUCCUCUAAAAUCUAAGCCCUCGGAGCCCUUUCAUUUGUCUCCUAAUCUGUGUGUUGCCGGAAAAAAUGGAAGGAGAAUAUGAGUACAAGAAGGCGUUAUGGAUAAAGGAGGAGGAUGAGAGUCUCCUGGACUACAUAAGGGUACAUGGAAGAGGCCGCUGGAACCGCAUUCCCAAGGUCACCGGCUUAGGGAGGAGUGGGAAGAGCUGCAGGUUGCGGUGGCUCAACCAUCUCAGCCCAAAUGUGAAGCGCGGGGAUUUUUCUGAGGAAGAAGAAGACCUCAUUAUCAGACUUCACAAUCUUCUUGGAAACAGGUGGUCUCUGAUUGCGGGGCGUGUACCAGGAAGAACUGACAACCAAGUCAAGAACUACUGGAACACUCAUUUGUACAAAAAGCUUAACGCCAUAAAAAAGCAGCAGACACCUAGAAAAGUUGCUGUUGUUUCGGCAAAAGUCAAUAUUUGUCAGCAAAGUGUCUUUCCCAAGGAAAAAUUUUGUCGGCAAUUUUGUAGCGCAAAGUGUGUCGCCGAGUUUUGCCGAUGAAUUUUGGUAUUUCGUCGGCUAAGAUUCAUCUUUUCCUGUCAACAUCUUAUUUGUUGGCAUUUCCAUCUUUUCUGACAAAUAUUUUUGUCAGUACAAUCCUUUUUAGCCAAUGAAUAAUACUUUUUAGCCUACAAAAUGUGUUUGUCGUCAUGGAUAUUUUUGUCGGCACAACUUU